AUGGCACCAAUCACACCAAAAGCUAAGAAAGUGGCUGAUUUGAAAUCACCAUCAACAUCUUCACAAAAGAAGAUGAAGCAAUCUUCUUUGAUGUCUUUCUUUUCCAAACAAUCGCCUACUACAUCUAAAAUUAAGCCGGUUGCUGCAGAAGGAAAGAAGGUUGGCGUCAACCCAAAAAAAGGGACAGCACUAUUCGUGGGACAGGAAGACGACGACGACGACGAAGAUGCUGAUAAUCUAAGAGUUAAGAAAGAUAAUAUUGGGAAUUCUUCUCUUGAUUUUGGUUCAAAGAAAACUUAUGGUAAAGAAGUAGAAAAGGCUGAAAACGUAAGAUCCUUCGUUAAACCAGAGACAUCUUCUCAGGAUGAUGAUAAAUCUUUAUCACUACUUAUAAAAACAACACCGGCUACAGAGAUGGAUGAUACAUUUGGGGAAAGUGAUGAUUCUUUAUCACUUUCUUCGACCAGAAGAAAGGUCAAAAGAAAUAUAAGCUAUGCAGAAAGUAGUAGUGAUGAUGAUGACGAUUUAAUUGCAAGUUCAAAAAGAAGAAGAAAGAAUAAUUCCCGUGCUGAUGAUGAGGAUGAGGAUGAUGAUGAUUUUAUUCCCGCCAAGAAGGUUGAUAUUGAAAGUGAAGAAAGUGAGGACGAUGAUAAAAUUGCCAUUAAUGAUAUUGACCUCGACGAUGAUGAUGAUUUGUUGGAGUUGGCUAGUAAACCUAAAUCACAGACAACAAAAUCAGUUAACAAGAUUUUAAAUAGUUCAGUACCAUCUAAACCAUCAACACCAAGACCUGUCAAAAAAAUUAACAAUAGUUCGAAGCAUUCUAACUUUAACAAAGAAAAUGAAGAGAGGUAUCAAUGGUUAGUUGAUAUUAGAGACGCCCAAAAAAGACCAAUUUCAGAUCCAGAGUAUGAUCCUAGAACUUUAUAUAUACCUUCUUCUGCGUGGAAUAAAUUCACAGCAUUUGAAAAGCAAUAUUGGGAGAUCAAGUCAAAAAUGUGGGAUUGUGUUGUAUUCUUCAAGAAAGGUAAAUUUUUUGAAUUAUACGAAAAGGAUGCUAUGUUGGGUAAUUCCUUAUUCGAUUUAAAGAUCGCUGGUGGCGGUAGAGCCAACAUGCAACUAGCUGGUAUUCCUGAAAUGUCAUUCGAUUAUUGGUCAUCUCAAUUUAUUCAAUAUGGUUAUAAAGUCGCAAAAGUUGAUCAACGUGAAUCUAUGUUGGCAAAAGAAAUGCGUGAAGGUUCAAAAGGUAUUGUUAAAAGGGAAUUAGAAUGUGUGUUGACAUCGGGUACCUUAACAGAUGGAUCGAUGUUGCACUCCGAUCUGGCUACUUAUUGUAUGGCUAUAAGAGAAGAACCUGGCAAUUAUUAUACCUGUAAUGAUGAAAAUAUAGUAUCAAUAGAAGAGACGAUGUCCAAGAAAAUAUUCGGUGUUGCUUUUAUAGAUACAGCUACUGGUGAGCUACAGAUGUUAGAAUUUGAAGACGAUAAGGAAUGUUCAAAGUUUGAUACUCUGAUGUCACAAAUCAAACCAAAGGAAGUCAUUAUGGAAAAAAAUAAUUUGAGUAACUUAGCCCAAAAAAUAGUCAAAUUCAAUUCAUCCCCACAGGCAAUAUUCAAUUAUAUGAAACCUGGUACUGAAUUUUAUGAUUUCCAUCGUACUUAUGAUGAGCUUUUAAAACCUGAGAAUGCUUAUUUCGAAGAGCAAUCGGAAUGGCCAACAAUCCUACAAAAGUAUUACAAUAAUGGUAAACAAGUAGGAUUCAGUGCAUUCGGUGGACUUUUGAACUAUUUGAAGUGGUUGAAACUUGAUAGUUCAUUGAUUAGCUUAGGUAACAUGAAAGAAUAUAAUUUGAUAAAAUCACAGCACUCAAUGAUUCUUGAUGGUGUUACAUUACAAAAUUUGGAAAUUUUUUCCAAUACUUUUGAUGGAUCUGAUAAGGGUACAUUAUUUAAAUUGUUCAAUAGAGCUAUUACUCCUAUGGGUAAAAGAACGAUGAGAACAUGGGUAAUGCAUCCGCUACUGCAUAAAGCUGACAUUGAUAAAAGAUUAGACAGUGUUGAACAACUACUUGACGAUCCAGUAUUAAGAGAUUUGUUCGAAUCUCAUCUGUCAAAGAUUCCCGAUUUAGAAAGAUUGUUAUCUCGAAUUCAUGCCGGUACUGUAAAAAUGAAAGACUUUGAUAAGGUGAUCCAAGGCUUUGAAACUAUAGUUAAAUUAUUGACUAAAAUUUCAAAUCAGAACUUUAAUGGAGCUUUGGGUGUUUUCGUAUCCCAAAUUCCAGAAAGUUUGUUUCAAGAUGUUGCGAAAUGGACAAAUGCUUUUGAUCGUGAAAAGGCUAUUGUUGAAGAUGUUAUGGAGCCACAUAGUGGUGUUGAACCUGAAUUCGAUGAAUCUCUAGAUAAGAUAAAAGGAAUCGAAGAAGACUUAAAUGAUCACUUGAGAAGAUAUAAAAAAGAAUUUAAAUGUUCCACUAUUCAUUUCAAGGAUUCUGGUAAAGAAAUAUAUACAAUUGAAGUCCCAAUGGCGGCAACGAAAUUAAUCCCAUCGAGCUGGAUGCAAAUGGGUGCCAAUAAAUCAUCUAAGAGAUAUUAUUCCGAAGAAGUAAGUAAGUUGGCAAGAAGCAUGGCAGAAGCUCGAGAAUCGCAUAAGAUUAUAGAACAAGAUCUUAAAAAUAGAUUAUCAAAAAAGUUUCAUUCUCAUUACAAGACCAGUUGGAUGCCAACAAUCGAAGCUAUUUCUAAAAUAGACUGUUUAAUUGCAUUGGCCCGUACAUCGGAAUCUCUAGGUGCUCCAUCUUGCAGGCCUCAAUUAGUUGAUGAAAUAGAUCCUGCUACAGGCGCUAAACUAAAUGGUUACCUAAAAUUCAAAUCUUUGAGGCACCCAUGUUUCAACUUAGGUUCCACUUCAAUUAAAGAGUUUAUACCUAAUGAUAUCGAGUUGGGUAAAGAUGUUCCACAGUUAGGUCUACUGACAGGUGCCAAUGCAGCAGGUAAGUCUACCAUAUUACGUAUGACUUGUGUAGCAGUUAUUAUGGCACAAAUUGGGUGCUAUGUUCCAUGUGAGUCCGCAACCAUGACUCCAGUUGAUAAAAUUAUGACUAGAUUGGGUGCGAAUGAUAAUAUAAUGCAAGGUAAAUCUACAUUUCUUGUUGAACUAUCAGAAACAAAAAAAAUAUUAGACGUUGCCACUAAUAGAUCAUUAUUGGUUCUUGAUGAAUUGGGUAGAGGAGGUUCAUCCAAUGAUGGUUUUGCCAUAGCAGAAAGUGUGUUAUACCAUGUUGCUACUCAUAUGCAGAGUUUAGGUUUCUUUGCAACACAUUAUGGUUCGCUAGGUUUAAGUUUCAAAGGUCAUCCACAAGUUAGACCAUUAAAGAUGAGUAUUCUUGUUGAUGAAGGUACCAGGAACAUUACAUUUUUAUAUAAACUAGUUGAAGGGCAAAGUGAAGGUUCCUUUGGUAUGCAUGUGGCAUCUAUGUGUGGUAUUCCUAAAAAAAUUGUUGAUAAUGCACAAGUGGCCGCUGAAACUUAUGAACAUACUUCAAUUUUAAGGAGAGCAAGAAAAGCAUCUGAUCAAGGCCGUGGUGACAAUGAUGAGAACGGUAUUCCAAUCGGUUUAUCCAGUGAUUUUGUUAGAUUGGUAUACGGUAGUGGCUUAGCAAAUGAUAAAAAAGGUACUGGUGAAGGUGUGAUGAUUUAUGAUGAUAAUGUCAAAACUAACGUUUUACAAACCUGGUUGAAAUUAAUUGAUUCAUUGUAA